AUGUGUUGUGGUACCUUUACUUCUUUAGUUGGAAAUAAAGUCAAAUCCGCCUCCUUGACCGAACAAGACCUCAGAGACACAGCCCAAGCCCGUCGCGAGGCCAUCGUAGGCGACGAUUCGGUUGGUGACAAGGAGAGGGCUUCGUGCCUUCUAAAGGUUACUCAGGAAGAAGUUGACCUCGGGUUCUUAGAUGGGCCGUACUCGGCCACGGAGAUUUCAAAUUUGUUAGGCCACGAGCAUUGGUGUGUGAUCAGACGUUUUCUUCUUGACCAAGGGUCGAAGCAGCGUCCCAUCGAUGACGCGUGCCAGUCUCAGACCAAUGCAGCUUACAGCACAACCAUUCGCCUCGAGCUUCACAAUGCUGACUACAUUGCAAGUGUUGCCCUCUUCAUCGCCAAGCAAGUUAAAGAAGGGCGUCAGCGUUUUGGUUCGGGGGAUUGGGUUGGUAAGUGUUUGGAUCUAACUAAGGCUUACAAGCAGAUGGCAUUGCACCCUUCCCAUCGCGACCUUUGCGUCACUUACUUCAGGGGGCCAGACGGGAAGGAGAUGUUCUUUCUCCCUAACUCCCUAAUGUUCGGCGCAACGGCGGCCGUGUACGAGUUCAUACGGGUGAGUAGGUGCCUUUGGUUUUUAAUCAACCGGUGUCUGAGAGUUCCUUCGGCGGUGUAUUUUGACGAUUAUCCCAUCUUCACGCCCUGCGAGGGUUCAAAGGAUGCGGAUGACGCGGUGCGCCAGGGCUUGGUAACCCUUCGCAACAAGCCUGGCCGUGCAGAGAAGAUCUUGGAAGCUUUUGAGGAAGUGGAUGCCCCAGAAGCCAUAACGAGACAUCAGAUUCAAGUCUUACAUGGGUUGCUGAAUUUCGCUGCGGGAUUUUUAGCAGGGCGCUCUUUGAAGCACGUGUGCUACGAUCUCCUUGAACUGCUUGAAUGGAGGGGAACUCUGGCAUUCGCAAAGCUGAAAGAGCUGGCAAGACGAACUCGUGAGAUCCUUGAAGGGUCCCCGCCACGACUUCUGUCAUGCCUGUUCGCCCCCGAACCCAUUUUGAUCUGGACUGACGGGUCAUGGGAGAGCGGCGUCGCUGGUAUCGGUGCUUGUGUGUGGGACCCUCUUGCCUCGGCGGGACAAGUCUUUGCGGGCGAGGCUCCGUCUUGGGCUCUUGACGCCUGGAGGGCCGACUUCGACACCGAUAAGGAACCCCAGCUAAUCUGUCACAUUGAACUCUUUGUGAUGGUGACGAUCAGAUGGAUGCUCGCCGAGCGUCUGUUGAACAGGCGGGUCAUCCUGUUCGUCGACAAUGAAUCGGCACGGUUUGCGAUCUUGAAAGGAGGUAGUGGUAGCAGAGGAAUGAGUGAUCUGGUGAGAGCUUUUGAUUACCCAGACCUCAAGCACCCGAUGCUCUACUGGGUGGACCGAGUACCGUCGUACAGCAACGUGGCGGACGGUCCUUCGCGUAAAGACUUUGAGUGCGCUCUUAAGCUUAUGCGCGCUGCUUCGGUUGAGGAGUUCUUUUGGACGGAGUCUCUGAAAGAUAUGGUCUUGGCAAGGCGCAAAAGGAAGGGGGUGUGA